AUUUCCUCCUCCCCUUUUUAAUCCUACGUAUCUUUCUUCUAUAUAAAAUCAUCAUGUCUUUAUCGCCUGCUGUCAAACAAUACAAAGCUUUAGGGGAAGAAGUUUGGAAGUCUAAAGUAGACAAGAUUAAUGCUGAACUAUUUACAUUAACAUACGGCUCCAUGGUUGUCCAACUUGUUAAGGACUUUGAAGACUAUAGUGAAGUUAACAAACAACUCGAGAAAAUGGGUUAUAAUAUUGGACAACGUAUGAUUGAAGACUUCUUGGCUCGAUCAGGCAUUGGUCGUUGUUCUGAGUUUAAGGACACUGCUGAAGCUGUGUCUAAGGUUGGCUUUAAGAUGUUUUUGAACAUUACACCUACAAUUACGAAUUGGUCAAGCGAUAACAAGGAGUUUUCGCUUGUGUUUGAAGAAAACCCUUUGACGGAUUUUGUUGAGCUACCUGAUGAAGCACUAGAAGGUGGAUUAUGGUAUUCUAAUGUAUAUUGUGGUGUUUUGCGUGGUGCACUUGAAAUGGUAAAUCAUAAA